AACCCAAGCGACAAACCCAUAAUUAAGCGCUUCCUAAUUCCUAAUUCCUAAUCCCUAAAUCCCUAAAUCCCUAAAUCCCUAAAUCCCUAAAUCCUAAAUCCUAAAUCCUAAAUCCUAAUUCCUAAUUCCUAAUUCCUAAUUCCUAUGAAUACCGCUUCUCCCUCCACUCCUUUCUCUUUCUCGGCAACUCCAUCCAGUGAAGGUGCCGCCACUGAAUUACCAAUGACCUCCCAAAUCCAUCAAAAGAACAACACCAACACCGCAUCCCUUUCCUCCACCUCCCCGCCAACAAUGACGACUACAGAAGCAGUGAAUCUCCGGGCGCCGGCGAAACUUCCCUCUCGUCCGCGCAAACUCCGUAAGCUAUCACCGGAAAACUCAGAAGGCAGCAGCAAAAUUAUCCCUCGACCUCGAUUAGUAGCAGUAACCCACCCUCGUUCUCUCUCUUCAGAGGGCGAAAUUGAGAUUGCCCUAAAACAUCUUCGAGCCACGGAUCCUAACCUUGCUAAACUCAUCGACCUCCACCAACCCCCGACUUUCGAUUCCUUUCAAACCCCGUUUCUUGCCCUUGCUAAGAGCAUUUUAUAUCAACAGCUUGCUUACAAGGCCGGAAGUUCAAUCUACUCCCGUUUCGUCUCGCUUUGUGAUGGUGAAUCCGGUGUUGUCCCUAAUACCGUUUUAGCGUUGACGCCUCAACAGCUCCGACAAAUCGGGGUUUCGGGACGUAAAACCAGUUAUCUUCACGAUCUUGCCAGAAAAUAUCAGAAUGGAAUAUUGUCGGAUUCAGCGAUUAUUAACAUGGAUGAUAAGUCCUUGUUUACUAUGCUUACUAUGGUGAAUGGUAUUGGGUCAUGGUCUGUUCAUAUGUUCAUGAUUUUCUCAUUGCAUAGACCAGAUGUGCUGCCUGUUAAUGAUUUAUCGGUAAGGAAGGCGGUUCAGUUUUUGUAUGGGUUAGAGGAGUUGCCUAGGCCUUCACAGAUGGACCAGCUUUGUGAGAAAUGGCGUCCUUAUAGGUCUGUGGCUUCAUGGUAUCUUUGGAGGCUCGUCGAGGCCAGAGGGCCUCCUAGUUCUGCUGCCGUUACCGCGCCUGCUGCUGCUGUUACUGCUACUGCUACUGCUACUGCUAUGAGUUUGCAGCCGCAGCAGCAGAUGGAGAUGUUGCCCCUACCAUCACCGAGCCACCAGCAGCAAUCGCAACACCAGCCGCAGUUUAUUGAUCCCAUCAACGGCAUUAUCAAUCUUGGUCAGUUGAGCUGAAUGUUCAUGCUACAACACUUUGUAAUUAGUUCGUCUAACUCCAUUGAAUGCCAUGGUCCAUGAAUGGAAGGAAAGGGAAAGGCUUUGCUCGGCUUGUUGCCUGCGUUAGUACGGAUGACUUUCAAUGGGGGAUUCUGAUCGAAGGCUCGUUUGGCUGCUCUCACUGAGAAAAUGAUUGACAAGAUGGUUAACCUUCUCAAUGAAAGGUGUGGAUACUAUUAAAGAAAAGCCAACGACAAUGCAGAGGUGUUGGCGAGGCUUCAUUUAGAGGGGAAAGAAACAACUAGGGGACUGAAUUGAAACUAGCAUAUCUUCACAUAUUAGGAAAGGUAGCUGCCUUCUCCCAGGCAUAUGCUAACUUCUCUUUGAGUGACAUAGCAGCUCAAGGCUGAGUUUUGAGGUUGGUGAUCGGUGAAGGGCAUUGAUCAAAAGCAAGGAUGCAUGUGUUGAUCUAAACUUGUGUAGACUCUUAUUGAUGUAUUUAGCUUAUUCAUUAUUUAAAUAAUUUAAACCAAUGUGUUGAGUCUGUGUUUAUGUUUUUGGCGAGCCAUAUUGCCGGGGGGAGGAUAUUGAAAAGCUUUUACUGUUAACAAGUGCAGAAUAAUGAUGUGACCGAAUCGCUAUUUUCUUAGCCCUAAACAGUGGUGGUUUCAGUUCUA